UAUUCAGUAGCAAAUGUCCUAUCUGUGUUUCCCAGGGAGAUGACAGCCUGUCUGUGAUAACCUGGGAGUCAGACACAGCAAUGAAGUUAAAGAAGAAGAUUUUUCACAAGCCCCCAAAGUCACCAAAGUCUCCCUACAGCUCAAGCACACAAUUGUAUCCCAAAAAAGCUGCAGCUUGGAGAUCUCUGCAGGGAACGGGCAGUGCUUGUUUUGAGAAUGCAGCUGUUAAAAAUCCAAGGCAUAUGUGGCUGGGAUCUCUGAAACAAGGAUUGAGCCAUGCUCUGAAAUCAGAUGUUGACACAGGGCAUGUGCAAGCUAAUGUUUCCAGUAGCACUCCAGAGUAUUUGAAGGAAGCUCUAGGAAUGAAAAAGCCAAAACAUUCUCGUUCUUCCAGUAAUGGCUACAUUCCUGGAACUCCUGACUACAAAGAGAAAGAAGAUAUGUAUGAUGAAAUUAUGGAACUGAAAAAGACAAUACAAGCUCAGAAGAAUGAGGGAGACCGAAUGAAAACAAAACUCCGUCGACUGGAAGAGGAGAACAAUAGAAAGGAUAAACAGAUUGAACAAUUGCUGGAUCCUUCCAGAGGCUCUGAGUUGGCACGAGCUUUGUCAGAAAAGAAAACUGAUAAUGGAUGGGUGGUUACUGGAUUAAAGCAGAAGAUUGUCAAGCUCGAAGAGCAAUGCAAGGAGAAAGACAGCACUAUUAAUGAAUUCCAGGCAGACAUGAAGACCAGUAAUUUGGAAGAAGUGAGGUUAGCCAUGGAAACCUACUAUGAAGAGGUUCAUCGCCUCCAACUGCUCCUGGCCAAGUCUGAGACUAUGAGGAAAAAUACAGAGGGCAGAGACACCCAAAAACGACUGAAGGCUCUGAAUGCUACUGUGCUGAGGCUGUCCAGGAACGUGAAGGAAUUGCAGGCUGAGAAUCGGAGGCUGAAGGAAGAUCUGGAUCAUGUGCUGAGCAGUUCCCCUCCUCCCAGUAAAACCAAAAAUUAUAGUGAGUGGAGCAGACAGAGGCUGGUGAGGAGGAUUUCAGAUCUAGAAAAAAAAGUGUGUGCCAUGGAGAGCAGCAGGAUGUCCUCAGCUGAUAGUGAGACAUCACAAGUGCUUGCUGUGUCAUCUUCACCUUCUGUGGACCUGGAUCAUCCAGCAUCCCAACAUUUAGACCAUGGUGAGGAAUGCUGUCGCCUCCAAAGGCUGGUGAAGAAACUGAAGAGUGAUAGGAAGGCACUUCAGAAUCUCCUGCGCAGUAAAGAAUUAGAUAUCCAGCAGUUACUGCAGGCUAAGGCUGAAGUGGAGCUGGAGCUGCAGAAGUGGCAGAGUAAGAUAGAAGAAAAGAGUACAGAAGAGCAGACUUUAAGUGAGGAAAUUCAGAACCUGACCCAGAAAGUAGGGAAACUGGAGUUAAAACUGGAGGAAGAGAAAAGACAAAUAGAAGAAGAUACAGUGGAAAAGCUUAAUAAGGCUCCACCAGUCUGCACAGUUACAGGCAAAGAAAAUCACAGGAAAGAUCAAGCAGCCAAAAUUAUCCAGAGAUACUGGAAGAUGUACAAAACCAAGAAAGAAGAAAUUGCUCUGGAUGGGGCAGUUGUUCUGCUCCAAGCAGCCUUCAGAGGACAUUUAUCCCGACAGAAAGUGCUGCUGGGUGUCGGGGUGCCUGAUGCAAAGUCUCACACUGAGAACUCCUGCUCUUCCAUGUCAGACUCCUUGAGCUUUUCUUCUGAUUGCAAGAAGGGAGAUGAGAUUGUGACAUUCAUCCAGUCCAUUUUCAGGGCUCACUUAGCACGUACAGGACUGCUUCAGGAGAGGCUUUCUGUGCCCAGUGCAAAAGCAGAUCCUGCAAUUUACAUCACAGAGAAGAAACCAGGCUCAGCAGCACUCCAGAGACCUUCAAUCCUCACAUCUCCUUUUCCUGGCAGAUGCUGCUCUGCUCCCUGUGAGCCCCUGGAUGAGGCUCACUCCGACGACUCCGACGACAUUGUUGUUGUCCCUCCCUUGCUGCAGGUGAAGAAAAGCUACAGCCACUUCUAAGGGUCAACUCUUAAUGUGUAAAAAUACUUGUCAUAGGAGAUAGAAGUGUCUGGACUGUUCACCUGGCUACAUUGUUCAUACCUAAUCAAGGCAGUUUGGUUCGGGAGCAGAAGUGGUAGGUUGGAUUAUAACAGAAAUUAGGACUGCAUCUAGAAAAAGCACUCACAAUAUAAUUAUCCAUGGAAAGACCAAAGGCUGAUGGGCUGUUGAGGAUUUAAUUGGGGGAGGGGAUCAUUCCAGAUCUUCUCUACUGACUGUUUCUUUGACUGGAUAGUUCCUACUGUUGCACCAACAUCCUUCGAAGACAUUGAAAUGUGUGUGGGGUUUUUUAAGGUGAACUAGAUAAAUCAUGAUACUUAUUGGAAGGGGAAAUUAAUUUUACAAGCACGUGGUGGUUUUCUGGAAACACUAAUGGUUUCUUUGUCAUCAAAGAGUAAUAAAGUCUCCUGUAAACAGAAAGCACACUCUUAAAUAUAAGAUUUUUAUCACCUUUUCUAAAUUAAAAAUCAGUCACCACUAUUUCUCAGAGUACCAAUAAGUCAGGGCUGUCUCAAUUCUGUGAUUUCAAUGAAGCACUAUCUGAGGCUUAUCAUAGUUUGUGCCAGUACUUACAGCCAAAGAGGAAACUGGAUGGCUGCAGCACAAUGCAGCUAAUUUCAUUUAAUCCCAUCGGUGGAAAUGCUGCCUGUGCUAUUUCCAAAGGCAGUUUUGGGAGCUCUCCAUACCCCAAGCAGUCUGAAGAAUGUCAUUUGCACUCCUACUGGAUAAAUUUUUCCUGCUGGUGCUUUGGUCACAUGGCUGUCAUCUGCAGGAAGGAGAAAAAAAUACAUAUAAAAGAAAAGGGAUAGAUCCUUCUGGUAGAAGCUGGGAUCUGUUUCCUUCAUUUUCUGGAGGUCAUGUUAAGAAGAAGGGUCAUUUUGCUAAAUGGAAGCAGUGCUGUACUGAGUUGUUGUGUAUAUUUCAGGUCUGUAACUGUGACUCUGUCAUGGAUCUCUCCAGAGAGUAACCAGAGAUGAGGUCUGACACAUUAAAGGGAGACAGUGUAAUGUGUCAGGACCAAGGCUGAUACCAAAUACCUGCCUGGCUGUCAUCCUACAGGGAAAUACUGGGGCAGCAAAUGCAAUAAAGAAAACAUUAUUUUACUUUGCUGUAGUGAGAAACACGCCAGUUUUAGGAAGUUGAUACAGAGCAGUAGGGUUUGUGUUUGAGCUGAACAUGUGACCAGCAGCAGCCCUGUCAAUAGACAAAUUCUGGGAUAAAUGGGAGAUAGGACCUUGGGAUGACCCAGACACAGGCAGAAACCAGGGUAAAAAGGAGCAAAUUUUUUCUGGGGUGAAUUAAAACGUGUCUAAAAGUUUUUAAUCUUGGGGUUGUUAUCUCCCAGCUAUCAAAAAUCUGAUACCAACCUUGAGAUGGCCUUCAAACUCAUAUCUUUCUUUGGAAGGUAAUGAUGUGUUCACUACACAGAAGUUUGGUACAGUAGGAAGAGAAACCUUCACAGUAUUAACCUUAUGUGUUUUUGUUGUACACUGUGAUGGAAUAUGUUGGAGGGAGUAAUGAUUUUCACUAGAUUUAGUUCUGUGGUUAUCUAUCUGAAUGCCAGCACCCAUAAAUCUGGCACAGAGAAGGAAGAAAAAGUUAAUUAAUUAAUUAAUUAAUUAAUGGCAU